AUGAGUGUCAAAUCUAAUGAUGAGGUCUUUCGACCGGCGUUCCCAGCUAUCCCCGCCAUGGAACGCCCCCCAACAAGUAUUUUCACAAUCCGUUGCAAGAUCGUAGAAGAACAUCUCGAAAAGCUGGAAGCUUCUCUUCAGGAUCAUCAUGCAGGGACAUGGAUGGGAAUGCCAGCACACACGCCAUACGAUGCCUUGAUCCCAAUCUUACAAGAUAUCAGGAAGACGGCAGCCGAUUGUAUCGUCACCCUCGGUGGUGGCAGCUUAGCAGAUGGGGCCAAAAUGCUUACCUAUGCCUUAGCUAAUGGCAUUGAAAGCGUGGAGGAUCUCGUUCGCCUCGAAGCCUCUUAUUUGAAACCCGACCUUGGAGCCAUUGCUCGAGGUGAGGGUGCCUCUUUGGGGAACGCGCCGACGAUCCCACUGGUCUUCAUACCAACGACGUUGUCAGGCGCAGAAUACUCCAAGUUUGCCGGCUGCACGAAUCCUGCGAACCAUAUGAAAGUCCAAUUUACUCAUCCUGGUAUGUUUGCCAAACUUGUCAUUCUAGACCCAGAGCUGUGCCGUUCGACGCCUGACUGGGUCUGGCGCAGCACUGGAGUCAGGGCCAUCGACCACUGCGUUGAGAACAUAUGCUCCUCCCGUCCAAAACCCGAGUCGGAUGAGGCAUGCUUGGAGGGGCUUGGUCUAUUGACAAAGUCGCUGCUUCGACAUGUCAAGGAGCCGAAUGACAUGGCCGCACGGCUUGAUGGUCAACUGGGCUGCAACAAAGCGAUGACGGGUCUGGCGGUGCAUGUACCAUGUGGCGCUUCACAUGGUAUCGGCCAUAACCUUGGGCCACUGGGUGUUGGUCACGGCCAGACGUCCUGUAUUCUUCUUCCAUCGGUCAUGAAGUACAACGCAUCGGUCAAUUCGCAGCGCCAAACAAUCAUAGUGGAUAAGCUGUGGUCGGAGCCCGAAGUCGCUCAAGUAUUGAACAAGCACGGGCUGGCUCAGGGCGAAGUCGACGCAGGCGAUAUGCUCCGGGCCAUCUUUGACGAGCUCAAUAUGCCUAAGAGUCUCGAGUCGGUAGGAGUGAGCAGGAAACAGUGGGAGAUCUUGGCGCGCAACAGUCUCGCUGAUGGUUUCUGCCAUGCCAAUGCAAUUCCACUUCUUCAUGCCCAGCAGGUCAAGGAUAUCCUCGAGAUGUGCUCGGACCCAGCGGCGCAAUGA